UUGCGCUUUAAUCAUGUUCCUGGGAAUGUUUUGUGUUAAUUUCUGCCACGAGAUUGCACCACGUACUAGGUAAAUUGGCCAAAAUCAAGCGUGGAGGCUCGGAGAGGCUGGAAGUUACGUAAAUACAAAAUCUGGAAGAUGUCUGACACAGAGAUCGAUGACAUCCCCUCAUCACCAACCGGUGGGAUGGAUAUCAAUACAGCCCUUCAAGAGGUGUUGAAAAUGGCUUUGACCCAUGGAAGUUUGGCACAUGGUUUACAUGAGGCAGCAAAAGCUUUGGAUAAGCGACAGGCUUUGCUGUGUGUACUAGCAGAAAACUGUAAUGAACCAAUGUACAAGAAACUGGUACAGGCUCUGUGCAAUGAACACCAAAUUCCACUGAUCAAGGUGGACAAUAACAAGAAGCUUGGUGAAUGGGCAGGUCUCUGCAAGAUUGACAGCACAGGCAAGGCUCGGAAAGUUGUUGGUUGUUCAUGUGUUGUCGUUAAGGAUUAUGGUGAAGAGACACAAGCUGCUGAUGUUUUGAGAGACUACUUGAAACAGUCACGAGAGCCUUGAAAUAUUAUGUAAAGAGCUUACCAAAUAUAAUAAAAUUGUGUAUUUCUUCUUGGA